AUGCCAAAUUUGGAAGAACCCAAAAUUGUACAUGGCAAAGCCAGUCAUAGCCAAUCUCAAGGCUCAGUAGAAAGAGCAAAUCAGGAUAUAGAAAAGAUUGUUUUUACAUGGUUAGAGACAAAUAAAACCACAAAAUGGUCGGAAGGACUAAGAUUCGUACAGUUCAUGAAAAACAGAGCAUAUCACUCCGGCAUCGAACGUAGUUCUUACGAAGCUAUGUUUGGCUCCAAACCCAAAGUAGGUUUAAAAUCAGUCUUACCAUCAUUUGACGGAUUGCCGGAAAUAGUAAGGAAAGAAGAUCUUGAGACAAUGUUAAAAGAUGCUGAUUUCGGUGAAGGUCAAAACAUAAUUUUGGACAGAGCGGAUGACAACAAUAGCACAGAUAAAAACUUAGCCGUUGUUACUCAUUCUAUUUCUGUUACGAUUGAACCUCAACCUCGUCCUGAACCGGAACAACUUUCUGCCGAUACAAUAAAUGACGAACCUCAGCCAGAAAAUCAACAACCUACUGCGGACACAAUAAGUGAAAACCCUCGACCAGACGAUCAAUAG